AUUCCAAUAUAAUUUCAGUCUCAUCUACAUGCUGAGCUGAGUAUCAUGGAGCCUGUAGGUGAUCUGGAUUCAAGACAGCAGGCUCUCAAGCCUAUUCAAACAAAGAGAUCAGCAGGAAGAGAAGUAGAAGGAGAUGGCGAAAAACCCGAGGAUAUCGAAGAAGAAGAAGAACCUCUGAGUCCAGCUGCUCGAAUAUUUCAUGAACCUUGCUUCAAUGUCUAUGUCAUAGCCAUUGUUGGGUGCAAAACCAGAAUCAAUGUUGAUGUUGUUAAAGCCAAUUUGGGGCACACUCUCCUUAAGCACCCUCGUUUCUCUAGCUUGCAGGUGAAGGAUAUGAAAAAAGAUGGAGACAUGAAAUGGGUUCGAACAAAGGUGGACUUGGACAAGCACGUUAUAGUACCAAGACUCCACAACACCAUUGAUUCACCGGACAAGACGGUGGAAGACUAUAUUUCAAAUCUCAGCAAAACCUCCAUAGACUUCUCUAAGCCUCUCUGGGAGCUCCAUAUUCUCAACCUCAAGACCUCGGAUGCCGAGUCCAUCGCCGUUUUUCGAAUCCACCACUCCCUCGGCGACGGCAUGUCCCUCAUGUCUCUUGUCCUCGCUUGUACUCGUCAAAUCUCCAACCCGGAGGCUCUCCCAACUUUGCCGGUGAAGAAGAGUUCGAAUCCUGAUCCGGUAAACUCCGGUGGGAUUUGGUGGACAAUUCAGUUGGUUUGGAAUACCAUUGUGGAUGUUUUGAUGUUUGUGGCCACCGCGCUCUUCUUGAAGGACACAGUGACGCCGCUCAGCGGUGGCCAGAAAAAAGGAGAUGGGCUUGGGUCCAGAAGGUUUGUUUAUCGGACCGUUAGUCUUGAUGAUAUUAAACUGAUCAAGAAUGGGAUGAAAACCACUAUUAACGAUGUUGUAAUGGGAGUGUCACUUGCUGGUCUUUCUCGAUAUCUCAAUAGAAGAUAUGGUGAGGCCAAGGAAGAUAAAGGAGCCACCGAAAAGAAAAAUAAUCUUCCUAAGAAUAUCCGCCUUAGGGCAACUCUUCUCAUGAAUAUAAGACCAUCACCUGGGAUUCAUGCUUUAGCUGACAUGAUGGAGAAGGGGUCGAAAGCGAAGUGGGGAAAUUGGAUUGGAUCUGUGCUUCUCCCUUUUGUUAUUGCCUUACGCGAUGAUCCUUUAGACUAUGUUCGUCAAGCUAAAGCCAUAAUCGAUCGAAAGAAGCAUUCUCGUGAAGCUAUAUUCACUUUUUUCAUUAUUAAGAUGGUUCUCAAAUUAUUUGGCAUUAAGGCUGCAGCAUUUUUAUACCAUAGAGUUCCGAAUCACACAACAAUGUGCUUCUCAAAUAUUGUUGGACCUGUAGAAGAAAUCGGGUUUUAUGGUCAUCCAAUGGUUUUCCUUGCUCCUAGUGUUUAUGGCCAACCCCAUGGAUUGAUGAUUCAUUUCCAAAGUUACAUCAAUAAAAUGACACUUGUUCUUUCGGUUAAAGAAGAAAUUGUUCCUGAUCCUCACCAGCUAUGCAAUGAUCUUGAAGAGUCACUCAAACUCAUCAAGGAUGCUGUUAUAGCAAAAGGGCUUGUCAAAUAAAAUUCCACAAAAUGAGCAUGAUUAUAUAUGAAUAUGUACAAAUAAACACACAACAUGUUACAUAUUUAUGAACUAUGAAGAUUUGUACUUAUAUGGUAUUGUAGUUUUGUGAUUAUAUGUGUUCUAUAGAUCUAAAGGAGAUCAAUUUGAAAUAAAGGGUAAAUGUGAGUUGUAGUGAAA